GCGAACAGCAGCGAGGAGGGUGGCUCCGGGCUCCGCGCUCCGCGCUCACCGCGACUUCCCGCGCAGGGCCCGGCCAGACAAGAACCCGCGGCCUGGGCGGCGCUGGAGGAUGCGGUCGCGGCUGCGGCCCCGGGGAGCGGCGGCGGGAAGCCCGGCGCCCUGCAGGUCAGCAGUUGAAUAGCAGGGACCCGGAAGGGCUUGAAGCCUUCACAGCAAUGGCGGAGAAGCGGCCACUGGGGACUCUGGGCCCUGUGAUGUAUGGCAAGCUGCCCCGCCUGGAGGCAGACUCGGGGUCUGGGCACAGCCUGCUCCCCUCUGCUGGAAGCCAGGACCGCUGCGGCUAUAAGGAAGCCUACUUCUCCUGUCCCAUGGCGGGUACUCCUAAGGCAGGGUCUGAGCGGAUGGCAUCCUGGACCCCAUACCCAACCUUGUACUCCCCCAGCAUGGCAGGACCUCCACUUCGGACAGACAGCCUGCUGACCAACUGCCUGCUCUACCGCUCACCAGCAGAAGGCCCUGAGAAGAUGCAGGACUCCAGCCCUGUUGAGCUCCUGCCCUUCAGUCCCCCGGCUCAUUCCUACCCAGGCCCACCACUGGCAGCGCCCAAACCUGUCUACCGAAACCCUCUGUGUUACGGGCUCUCCACUUGCCUGGCGGAAGGGGCAGCAAAGAGGCCACUGGAUGUUGAUUGGACGCUGGUGACUGGGCCUCUGUUGCCUUCAGCCGACUCACCCUGUUCUCUGGCCCCGGCUCCUGGCAAGGGCCAGUCCCUGGAUGGCACCUUCUUGCGUGGGGUGCCAGCUGAAGGGUCCAGCAAAGACACCUCAGUGAGCUUCUCUCCAUGCCAAGCAUUCCUGGAGAAGUAUCAGACCAUCCACAGCACAGGCUUCCUGGCCUCCAAGUACACAGGUCCUUACUCUGGGGACCCCAAACAAGCGAUGUCCAAGGGGCCCUCCAGUCUUUGGACGCAGCCAGCCCAGCCCCUGGGGCCACCCUGCCAGGAAGUCAUGCCCACCCACUACCCACUGCCCCCACCUCCACAGGCCCUGCCUUGCCCUCCAGCCUGUCGCCACCCAGAGAAGCAGAGCAGCUACAGCUCAGUGCUCCCACUGCAGCCCCUGGGAGCCCACAAGGGCCCUGGGUACCAGGCUGGUGGGCUUGGCAGCCCCUACCUGAGGCAGCAGGCAGCCCAGACACCCUACAUGCCCCCAGGGGGGCUGGACACUUAUUCCUAUCCCUCUGCCCCCCUCCCAGCACCCUCACCAGGCUUCAAGCUGGAGCCACCUCUUGCUCCACGCUGCCCACUGGACUUUGCCCCCCAGACCCUGAGUUUCCCUUAUGCCCGGGAUGACCUCUCUCUCUAUGGAGCAUCCCCGGGGCUUGGAGGGACACCACCUUCCCAGAACAGCAUGCAGGCUGUGCCACAGCCUGGUGCCUUCCAGCGGACGUGCCAGCCUUUGCCAGCCAGCGAGCCAUGUUCGGAGCCUGUAAGGGUUGCAGAGAAGCCAGCCCAGGAAGCCGGAGAGAAGACGUGGCUGCCUAGCUGCAGGAAAGAGCAGCUACAGCCCCGGCUUAAUGAGCACCCUGGGGCUCCCAUUGUCAUCCGGGACAGUCCAGUUCCCCGUACCCCACCGGCACUUCCCCCCUGUGCCCAGGAGCGCCAGUCUCUUCCACAGAAGGAGGGUGCGAGGCCCCCCAGCUCUCCACCAAUGCCUGUUAUCGACAACGUCUUCAGCCUGGCCCCCUAUCGUGACUAUCUAGAUGGGCAGGCAUCCGAGGCCACAGCUGAGGCUGACUCAGCUCCAGCCUCCGAUGAGAGCCAUGACAAAGGCUGCAGGGGGUCCCUGCCUGCCCAGGAGGACCCCUCAGGGGCUCACUGCUCACGUAAGGAGGAGGUGGCCCUGGACUUGAGUGUGAAGAGGCUCACAGCAGAGGCGUCUCCCGUCAAGGUCCCUAGUCCUGUGGUACAUGCCAAGCCCACCGAAGCCAUGGAUGUGCCAGAUGUGGGGAACACAGUGUCAGAUCUGCCAGGCCUGAAAAAGAUAGUCACAGAAGCCCCAGGGUUGCCAGCGACCACAGAGGCCACGCCAAGGACCAACUUCCAUAGCUCUGUGGCCUUCAUGUUCCGAAAGUUCAAGAUCCUCCGACCGGCACCCUUGCCUGCAGCCGUGGUCCCAUCCACACCCACUUCAGCUCCUGCCCCUGCCCCUGCCCCUGCACAGCCUGCCCCCACUCCCACAUCUGUACCCAUUGGACUGCAGAUUCUCACUCAGCCUUUGCCUGUGGCCUGCUUCAACCUGGCACUGCCCAGCCCUCCAGUGGCUGUGGCCUCCCCUGUCCCCACCCCUGCUCCAGCUCCAUCUCCGGCGCUGGCUCCUGCUCCAGCUCCUGCUCCUGCUCCUGCUCCAGUUGCAGGCCCUGCUCCAGCAUCUACACCUGCCCCCGCAGACUCCCCAGAGCAGCACUUUACGGGGCUGCACGCGUCCCUGUGUGAUGCCAUCUCAGGCUCAGUGGCCCACUCCCCCCCGGAGAAGCUGCGCGAGUGGCUUGAGACAGCUGGGCCUUGGGGCCAGGCUGCGUGGCAGGACUGCCAGGGUGUACAGGGGCUGCUAAGCAAGCUGCUGUCCCAGCUGCAGAGCUUCGUGUACACACAGCGGUGCCCCUUCCCCCACGUGGUGCGGGCUGGUGCCAUCUUCGUGCCCAUCCACCUGGUGAAGGAGCGGCUCUUCCCACGGCUGCCACCCGCUUCCGUGGACCACGUGCUGCAGGAGCAUCGCGUGGAGCUGCGGCCUACCACGCUGUCGGAGGAGCGGGCCCUGCGGGAGCGUGCGCUGCACGGCUGCACCUCGCGCAUGCUGAAGUUGCUGGCGCUGCGCCAGCUGCCUGACAUCUACCCUGACCUGCUGGGCCUGCAGUGGCGCGACUGUGUACGCCGCCAGCUGGGUGACUUUGACACUGAGGCUGGAGCUGUGUCCCCCUCAGAACCCACCACGGCCAGAGAUGAGCCAGAGAGCCUAGCCCUGGCUCGGAAGUCACCAACCCCCAAGGUCAGGAAGCCAGGGAAGAAGCCACCAACCCCUGGCCUGGAGAAAGCAGAGGCAACUGCCAGGGGAGGGUCCGGUGGUGCCUCACCUGCCCCUGCUGCCAGUGCCAGCCCACCCGGCCCCACGCUGAGGGCCCGCUUCCGCAGCCUGCUGGAAACUGCCUGGCUCAAUGGCCUGGCGCUGCCCACUUGGGGCCACAAGGCCUCAGGACCAGACCGGCCCUCACCCCGCCCACAGCUGCUGAGUGGCCAGAGCCAUCACCUGUAGCCCUGGUGGCCGGUGCUGUUGGGGCAUCUGUCUGGGACUCCCUUCUGCCUGUCUAGUCCUGGGCCAGGAGUGAAUGCCGGGGCCAGGGCAACUCCUUUGGGGGGGUCCCCAGCUUUCACCCUGGGCCUGCCCAGACUGGGCUGAGAGCCCCUGAGCUUUCACCUUGAGGGUCUUUAUUAGAUAGGACCACUUCCUAUUUCUUCCUAGAGAAAACGUGGGCUUUGGAGCCAGACACAUCUGGGCAAGACACCUGCCCCGUAUUGAGCCCUCAUUCCCCAUUUGUAGAAUAGGACAACGCAGCCUACCUCACGGGGUUGUUGUGGGGACGAUGCCUGACACACCCGUUACGGUUUGGUCUCUGCUUCCUCCCUGGGUCGGGGCCUGGGUUAGGAAGCUGAGGCAAGCAGAACCUUCCUGUAGAGUCUUCACAUAUCACAGGACUUGCUAUCUUAGAGUGUGGUACAUUGUCCAGUGUGUAAGACUUACACACUUCAGCAGCAGUUACCACCCGCCCCCCUCUGCCCCAGCCUGGAGCUCCCCAAGGGAGCCUGCUGUCCCCACUCCCCAUCCCUGCUGCUGGUGGGGGACAGGCCUGGGGCUGGCAUCCUUAUUCUAGGUCUGCUGCCGCCUCCCCUGGAAGCCCCAAGCCUGUCCUGAAUUGACAUCAGUGACUUCCCUGAGCUGCCUCUGCCACCCCAUGCACUAUCCCUGGAAACCUGUGUUUCUGGAAGCCUGGCAGCUGCAGGGACUCAGGGACUGGAGCAGGCAGGCUGAGUGGCAGCUCAGUCCUAGGAGGUCUCCGAAGACCUGGGGACCGUGGCAUUCCCCCAAGCCAGAGCCUGGCAGCCCUGCUGGGGACCACCUGCCUGCCGAGUGCUGACUGAGCCAGAGGCUGACAGGAGGGGCGUUGGCCUUAUGUACGGGUUUGUGAAGAGCCUGUGGGCCCUGGAGGCAGGCCAUUAAAGCGUCUGGGUUGUUUUUGGAA